UUGUACGCGAAUGGUACUUUUCGUUUCGUUUCUCGAACAGCGGCUACUAAAAUCAACCAAGUUCAAGUGAAACUAGUGAUUCGGAAAAAACAAGUUUUAUUUUCAUUAUCAUUGUUAGCCUCGUCAGGACUUAUCGCAUUGUUCGGUGAAUUUAAUUCAAUUGGCGCGUAGAAUUUGGUUUGAAGUUUUUGAAAGUUCAGUGUUUAGUUUUCUAGUAGUUUCAAGUGACUGAGUCUGUUUUAAACCGCGUUCAUUAGGUUUUUGUGUUUUUUUAGUUAAGUGAAUUGAAUUGAUGGUUAAGUGACAUACCGAGAGUCAAUGGUAGGCCUACUGGAAAAGUAGUGCAAAAUUGUACCAAACGAACAAAAUUCAAAAUUUGGUAUGUCGAAUUGUGAAUAGUUCAUUUUCAGGUGUUUAGUGUAUGUAGUGUGAAGCUAUGUCAGUUCCAUCGAACUGUAGGAAAAUAAUAUACCAGAAUUUUUCGAAUGUCAUCUUUUCCCUACUACUAAAACGGUUCACAAGAAAUUUUCAAAUCGAAUAAAGCCAGCAAACCAGCCAACAGAAGCGUUCAGAUGUCGGCACGUUAGAUGACUUCCGGGUCAAGCCCAGGCACGAUGCUAUUCGAUGCCGUUCAGAAUGGAGACGUGGGAAAGGUGUCCUCCCUGUUGGCUAGCGGGAUCGACGUCAACGUUAGGGAUGACAAAUUUUUCAACACCGCCCUUCACAGAUGCAUCUUUGCAACCGGGAAUCGGUACGAGCUGGUCGAUUUGCUGAUUGCUCGCGGUGCCGACUGUAAUGCGUUGAACAAAAAAUACCUCACGGCAUCCGAGUUGGCGCUGGAGAAGAAACUCGAUGAUCUGGCAAAACAUAUGAUCCUGCGGGAGACCGAACGCAUCGACAAUCAUCUGGCGUACUAUCUGUUGAUACGGCGCGGUAACCUGCAGCUGUUUGAGUUUCUGAUUUCGAUCAAACGCCUCAAGUACGAGGAUGAGAUUCAGAUCAUCGCUCGAGCGUACGCCGAACUCAAACUGAAAAAUGUUCCGCUGAAGGAGCACAUGGAAGCGUAUCUGAACGAGAUUCUGAUCAAUCAUGACUACUGGCUGAUUAACAGCAACGGCAAAGGUAAACAGGGAAAAGUUCAAGUUCAAACUGUGCACCGAAUUCGAGAAAUUGUGGAAAAUGUGCAGGAGCUAUUUGCUGGCUACGACAACUACAACCUGAUGGAUGUGGACAGCAUAUUUCUGCUGCGAUUGUCCUACAUACUGGAGAAUGUCUUUUUCAUCCGAAACCACUAUUUGGAAUUGCCCCUGCAUCAUGUGGAGUUCUGCAUCGGUAUUUUCCUCCACAUCUGGAAGAAUCCUCCGCAGUACGAAAUCUAUAAGAUGUUCAUCGAUAAACGCCAACUGCUCACCUAUCUAAGGGCGAUUGCGAACGAGCUAAAAAAAAUCAUCACCCUGCCGUGUUACAAUCUAACACCGCCUCCCAGUCCUCCGUCUACUGAGUCUACUUCAUCAUCAGAACCUCCCGCCGGCAAAGACCGGCCAGGCCACCGAUUCCGCUGGUCAUCGGAGCUGAAUCGGGACUUACUGUUUUGCUUCUAUGUCGUCACUUCGGGCGAUCGAAACAAGAUCGGAUAUCGAAAGCGGCUUCGUGAGUUGUGGUGUAAGCGACACUCCGCGCACAGUCAUCUAUCCGAACAGAAUCUCUUCAAUCAACUCCGCAGAAUUCAUCGAGAUCACCUGCUGCCGGCUGACAUCUGCCGGAAGCUUCUUUCGGAAGCCAGCAGCUACGGGUUCGGUUACCAUUGUUCGUUUACGCAACCGAUCAAGAUAUCCGAUAAGAACCGAAAAGUGUUCAGAAAAUUAGCCAAAAGUUACAGUCGAAUGAAGGAACUUCACUCGAUCAAACGAGCGUUGACUUAUGUAAACUCUGUCGUAGAUAUGAAGUUUAACCCCGGUCGGGAAAUCGAUGUGCUAGCCAUGAAACGAGUCGUCCAGGUGCUCUGCGAAACCAUUAGAACUAGUAAAGAUACCGUCAAUGUUCGAAAACAUAUUGUUAGUUUCCUAAAUGUUCUGACCCCUAGAUAUCUGGUAGGCGAUACAAAAGUACGUUAUUAUCUGUCACAUUGUCGUAGGGACUUUUCGUCGUUGCUGGAGAUCGCCGACGAAGAAAUUAACUAUGCCGAGUUGCACCGUAAUCUUAAGAUCCUUAGAAAUCUCUUGUUGUAUGUAGAGAAUUUAGAGUACAUAUUAGCUGUGAAGUCUCUGAUGCAUCGUCUGUACGAUAGUAAAUGUCUCGAGGAAAUUAAGUCUUAUUAUGCUUUCAUAUUUCGUCACAACUCGAAAGAUUUGCUGAAAGAUUUUGAGUUUGCUCCGUUUCUUCUUUUGGAACUGGACGCAAUUCUGGAAGCGAUUGCCGUUGAACAAUGCACCGUUGGAUCUACCGGGAACGAUCGUAUUGACCGAAUGAAACGUUUGCUUCGCAGUGAGAUCGAUGGCUACAAAUUCCUCCAUCAGCAUUUCAGUAACGCAAUGCUGCUGGUUGACGGAAUUGUUUCGAAGAUCAAGUCGAAUCAGAAUUACGACAAAAUACGCCACCUGCUACGAUCUCAUCUGCGAGUGCUGCAACAAAAACGCAAAGUGAACGGUCAAUUUUUGACUCGCUUCAAAUCGGAACUGGUCACCUUUCUGUACGAUGAUUUGGGACGUUCGGCGAACGACGAACCUUCGAAUUCGACGAGACUUAUAUUGCUAACUACAGCAAUGCUGUUCUCCGUCGAUAACCAUUCGAUCGGUCGGGGCGGCGAUGGGGAUACUUACUUUCAGAAAUAUCUACUGUCGCCUCUGUUGGACAACCAUUCGGAAACGAUUGCUUCGCUGGAAAGAAGAACUGGCCACUCGCUAUCGUUUCUUGCCCAUGAUCCGAACUUUCAGAAAGCAAAAGAAAGUUCCAAAAAACGAUACGAACUGCUUCGUCAAUGCUUGCUUAAACACAGAAUUCCAUUCGAUGCGUCCAUGCUUCAGGACUUUCGGCGCGAUGACGAAAAGAUCUCGGUGGAAAAGAUCAACCAGUUGCAGGUUCUGUUUCUGGAUCCGAACAUGAACCUCCGGACGUUCCAGCGAGUGGAGGAAAUUGCCUUUGAAAUGGCAAUGCUGGAAGCGACGUGGUCCUUGUCGGACAAGCUGUUGAACAACGCCGAGAGUUUGACCAAUCCGGUACCCGUGCUAACCGGACGGAAUCUACGGAACUACUUGACGCAUGGAAACUUAACCUACGAGGUGCUGAUUCCGAACGUAAGCGCCAAAACGAUCAUGCAAAACGCGCUAAGUAUCAUAAAACUUUCGAAGAAUAUAAUUUCGGAAAUCUACGAACGGAGAAGCUGGGAUUUCCGGGAUCGUUUGGAUUGCCUUCGGUAUCAGGUGAACGUUUUGGAGGGAUUUCGGUUUCAAAGUUGUGACGAAAUACGAGACACCAUCAAGCGAGAUCAGUAUUUGAUUGGGCGGGAUCAUCUAACGUUUGGAAUUGUUGAUCGGUUAGUGCAGACGCAGAGCUGCCUGCUGUUGGGACAUCUCCUGGACUUGGCCCAUACGGAUGAGUUGUAUAAAAUCCUAUCGUAUCUACUGGAUGAUGUUCGGGCCAUUUCUUGCGGUGCCUCUUUUCACGAGCUACCGAAGGAUGUCGGCGCUAGGAUUCGUUUCUGUUACCAGCUAGCCAUGUUGAGUAACGAAGAGGACAUUCUGCUGAAAAUAGUCACGGAUUUCGGACAUGAACAGAUUGAUUCGAUUUCGACGAUUUUCAACUUUGAUCAAAUGUUUACCAGCUUCCUGGAGAACCAUCCCGACUACGACGUCAACACGGAGCCGAACGCGGAAAUUCUUCAUUGUGCAGUUUUAUCGGGAAAUGUGGAAUUGCUGAAUUUGCUGCUCGAUCAAUGUAACGAUCUGAACCAAAGAAAUGCUUGCAAACUGACCCCGCUGGAUGUGGCUUGUAAGCUAAGCAAUAUAGAAAUGAUUAAAACUCUGACAAAUGCCGGUGCGAAAUGGUUUACCAAUGAUUUGCGCCAGUACACGUGGCUUUUUCUCAACAACGAUUACGAAGCGAUUAUAUUUCUCAAGAACAACGAUCUACUAGGGGAUAAAAUAGCACGAAACUGUAUCAAUCUGUUCCUGCAGUACUGCGAGGAUGACAAGGAAGAAAUAGUGGAGUUCAUGCUAAACUACGUGGAUUUUACGGAGCUUUAUCCGGUGGCUGCAAAGUUCCGAAGAAUGCACGUUUUGAAUUACAUGAUCGCAAAUGACCCACGGGUCGGCAUCAACAUUAACCGAAAGGAUUGGUGUGGCCAAACCGCACUUCAUGUGUCCAGUAUGAACGGAUUUCGGGAAGUUGUACAGUUUCUGUUGCACCAUCAGGGAGAUCCACAGAUACUGGACUUGGCCGGAAAUUCUCCACUCCACUUCGCUGUUCAAAAUGGAGACACCAAGAUAGCUAAACUGUUGUUGAAACACGGUACGUGUGUUAGUACGAAAAAUUCACUAAAUCUUACUCCGUUGGACUUAGCUGUAAAAUUGGGACACCUAGGAAUGAUAAAAUUGUUACUUAAGCAAACGCAGCCUGCGCAAACGGUGAUCAUUCCGGAAGUGAUCCAUUCGGUGGACGUUCUGAGCAUGCUCCGAAUCUCCGAUGUACAGUACAAAUUAGAACAUAACCAAGAACACAAAUUCUACGAUCCGCUAUCGCCAUUACAUCUCGUCGAAAAUGUACAGGACAUACGAAUUUUAAUGCGGUACUUUGAUGUAAAUAUCCGAUCGCCUAGAUUUUUGGACACUCCUCUACACCUCGCAUGUUUAGCCAACGAUUUGAGUGUAGUUCGAAUGUUGCUUGCCCAAGGAGCAAAUCCGAAUCUGACCAAUUACGAUCAUUUGUCUGCCCUGGAUGUGGCGGUGAUCAAUCAGAACGUGAACAUAGUACGAGCUAUUCUUCCCUACCUGGAACGGCCCUGUCAGGAACGACUAAACGUAGCUUUAGAAUUGGCCGCCAAAAAAGGAAACCUAGAAAUAUCGAAGUCGUUACUGGAAAAUGGAGCGGAUAUCUCAAUUCUUCGAUUGAUUGUGAACCAACCGAAGCUGCUGCAUACAGCGGCCCGGAAAGGUUUUGUAAAAAUCUUGCAGUAUUUCCUAGAAGAGAACAUAUUCACUGUUAACGACGAGGACUCCACCGGGUCCACUGCUCUGUUUCAGGCUGUAAUCAAUGGAAACCUAGAAACGAUCGAGUGUCUUCUCAAGCACGGUGCCGACGUAACACAUUCGAACAAGGCUGGCCAGAAUGUCAUCUCGACGGCUACGAUGUUUGGGAAUCUGGAUAUCGUUAAGUAUUUUAUCAACAACUUUCCGGAAAUUUCGAGUUAUGUUCUUUUGCCGCAUGUCGGUCAGAAUACCUCCCUCCACAUAGCCGUCCUGAAAGAAUCCGUACCGAUGGUAAACUACUUUAUCAAACUGCACAAAGAUAACCAGUACCACUUGAACGGCCAGAACCAGGAGGGCUUCACGGCCAUUCACAUUUGCGCCCAAACAGGAAACGAACGGAUAUUCUGGCUGCUGUUGGAUCAUGGCGCAGACCCCACGAUUCCGUUGAGCAACGGGCAGUCCAUCUUGCAUACGGCCGUGUCCAACAAUCACUUGAAUAUCGUACGCAUUAUCUUACGGUGGGCGUUGGUCGAUGUGAACACCGUAGACUGCAACCAGCGAUCCAUUCUGCACUAUGCCGUAUACUCGAAAAGCAUAACCGUGGUCAGGUUGGUCCUGAAGAUUCGUGGACUGCAAAUCGAUCGACAGGACCGCAACGGAAACAGCGCACUUCACCUAGCGGCUGAUAAUCAGUACAUCGAUAUCUACAAUCUGCUGCAGAAGCGCGUUCGGAACGAUUUGACAAACCAUAACCGGAAACGUGCAAUCGAUGUUCUGCUUCGAAAGUAGACUGGGAAAAAUGUAAAAAAAUGUGUUUAUAGGUUAGCAAGAGGUGUAACUUUUCAGUGUUUUAGUAACAGAUAUAACUACAACAUAGAAAUAUAUAACCAUUCUCUGAUAUAUGCCUACAGAAUCUGCCGAGAAUAUUUUUCUGGAUAAAUGCUCGAGUCUACUUCACGUACUUUUGUAUUUUAAAGUUUAAUUAGAAUCUAAUAGCUUUCAAAUCGAUCUAUUUUAAGUUAUAAUAAGUAAUAAGUGAGGUUGGUCUGGUGCUGGGACAUUGUUCGGAGUUCAUGCUAUUUACUUCAUCUGGCUCCAGAUCGUACCGACAGGGAUUUAUAAUUCUAUUGUCAUGUUCGCUUGAUGCCAAGCCUAACCCAGCGAUGUCAGAUCUACGGAAAUCUCCGUAGAUCAACGGAUUCGAACAUCCGUAGAUCCGUAGAGAAAAUCUACGGAAAUUUGAUUUUUUCUACGGAAAUCUACGGAAAUUUAAAUUUAUCAACGGAGAACUACGGAGACUAGUUUUGUCUCCCAAGCAAAAAAAAAAAAGCUUUUCACCGCGAGAGCUUCCGAGAAAAUUGUCAAUUAACGGAAAUUACACCACUGCUAUCUGGCAUCGCUGAACCCAGUUUCCAGCCUAACUGCUGUCAAAUCGUUCGUAUGAAGCCAGUUUCGAAACUAGUUUCAUUGUCAUUGAACUGAAAUUCGGAUUAGUUCCGAACCAUAUUCUUAUAUCGGGAUUGCUUACACCGCCUUUGCUAAAUGCAUGGAAAUUGUUUGUUGAAACUACUCUGGGCAAAAACGGACAGUGAAAAAUUAAGUACGAUUCAGACGGUCCGGCUUCUUCCGUCACCGUCACCGGAACGUCAGCGUCCGUCACCGUCAUUCUGAUUCACACGAUCCGGUUUCCUAUCCAUGUCCGGCAUGUCAUUUUCUUACACGUAGAAUUUGAAGAACUUAGUUUCGCACAAUUUUAAUCCACUAAUACAAAAUCUGGGAGCUUUUGAAGCCAAUCGAUCUGUUGUUUUCCUACCUUUUAAUCGAAUAAAUAACUUUCAAAAUUAACUAGAAAGUGGUAAAAACAAAACAAUCAGUUCCACUCAACAUCGUAACGUACUUUGCAAAUCUACUGAUAAGUUUAAUUACUUAUAUGUGGUAUAUUUCGUUUAAGAGUGGGAUCUUGACACCGAAUACAUACAUAACAAACGUCAGCUCAAUACCGUAAUCAUAUGAAUCGUGCAUGUGUGCGAUAAUCACAGUCCGUCAAAUAUUCUUCCGGAGAAAUGUUGACGGAGCUUGCCGUUGACGGACGUUGACGUUCCGGAUCUUUGCUGGAUCGUGUGAAUGCGCAAAGGGAAAACUCAUUUGACUGAUUUUGACGGAGGCUGACGUUCCGGUGACGGUGACGGUGACGGAAGAAGCCGUAUCGUCUGAAUCGUAUAUUAAAAAGCUAGAACAAAAGAAAUAUUUUUUAGGAAAAUUUGCUCUAUUGAAAUAACUGUAGCACUAAAACCGUUACUACACUGGCGUCUUCGGCAAAUCGGUUUGAUAUAAGUUUCUCUACAAUUUUCCUGUAGGAUUGGUCCUCUAUCUCAUCACAUUCGGAAAAUAAUUAUUGAAUCUCCCUAAUAGUAAUAUUCAUCCUAAUACCAUUCGCAUCAAAAUAUGACAUAUCUGACACUGAUCAUUUCUUCGUAAGACAUCAUAGCUCUAAGUUUAA